AUGCCUUGCGCCUCCCAGAGGCACCUGGGAACUGUAGUCUCCCGGGGGCCGCCCCCGUCACCAGGACAGCAGCUGCAGCUUUCUCUGCCCGCUGCUGCCGAGAGCCCCCAGCCCCGGCCCGGCGCCCGCGCCUCCGCCACCGCCACCACGCAGUCCCGGGAAGAGCCUCCACGCCCCCGCCGCCUGCCCAACCCCCGUGGGGGAAGGCGGCCCAGGAAGAUGGCCGGACCUUCGGUCUCGUCCUUCUUCUCCGGACCCGAGGAGCUGGAGGACACGGCCCACGCCCCAGCUCUGCUGGCCCAGCUCAAGUCUUUCUACGAUGCCCGGCUGCUGUGCGAUGUAACUAUCGAAGUGGCAGCUCCCGGCGGGGGGCCUGGCGCAGGCCGGCUUUUCGCGUGCAAUCGCAACGUGCUGGCAGCCGCGUGCCCCUACUUCAAGAGCAUGUUCACGGGUGGUCUGUUCGAGAGCCAGCAGCCCCGCGUGACCAUGCACGACGUGGAUGCCGAAUCGCUGGCGCUGCUGCUGGACUACUGCUACACAGGUCGCGUGUCGGUGAGCGAGACCAACGUGCAGCGGCUGUAUGCCGCAGCUGACAUGCUGCAGCUUGAAUAUGUGCGCGAGGCCUGCGCCGCCUUCCUCGCCCGCCGCCUAGACGUGGCCAACUGUGCCUCCAUCCUCAAAUUCGCCGAUGCUUUCGACCACCCGCAGUUGCGCGCCAAGGCUUUGGCCUUUGUGGCCCGUAAUUUCUCCCAGCUCAGCGGGGCGCCUCGCCCUGGUGGGGAAGAAUCCCUGGCCGAGCUGAGCCUGGCCCAGCUGCAGGAGGUAUUGCGCCUGGACAGCCUGGACGUGGACAGCGAGCGCAUCGUGUGCACUGUGGCUGUGCAGUGGCUGGAGGCCUCCCCCCUGGAGCGGGGCCCCAGUGCCCCCGACGUGCUCCGCUGCGUGCGCUGGCUCCAUUUUGGCGACCGGGACCGGGCCUACCUGGAAGGACUGCGGGCCAAACCCUUCAUCAAGCGCUACUGCCCCGGGCUCAUCGAGGCUGCCCUGCGUACUCGCUAUGGGGAUGUGAUGGUGAAGACCCCACAGCCCGCCCUGCCGGCCCCGAGCAGCGCCACUGGUCCUGUGGCAGAGAGCCCGGCCCGCAGGAUAGGCAUGAUGGCCAAAGAGAUGGUCAUCUUUUUCGGACACCCCAAGGACCCCUUCUUGUGCUACGACCCGUACUCGGGGGACAUCUACACCAUGCCAUCGCCUCUGACCAGCCUCGCCCACAGUAAGACCAUCACUUCCUCUGCUGUCUGUGUGUCCCCAGACAAUGACAUCUACCGCGCCCAGCCCAAGAAGCAGCUCUGGGUCUAUAAUCCGGCCCAGAACAGUUGGCAACAGCUGGCCGACCGCCUGAUGUGCAGAGAGGGCAUGGACUUGGCCUACCUCAAUGGCUACAUUUACAUCUUGGGAGGCCGCGACCCGGUGACCGGGGUGAAAUUGAAGGAGGUGGAAUGCUACAGUAUCCAGAGGAACCAGUGGGUUCUGGUGGCCCCGGUGCCACAUUCCUUCUAUUCCUUUGAAUUAAUCAUGGUUCACGACUAUCUUUACGCAGUCAACAAUAAACGGAUGCUCUGCUACGACCCCAGUCGCAACCAGUGGCUGAACUGCGCCUCGCUCAAACGCAGCGAUUUCCAGGAGGCUUGUGUCUUCAACGAGGAGAUCUACUGCAUCUGUGACAUCCCCGUGAUGAAGGUCUACAACCCGGCCCGGGGAGAGUGGAGGCGCAUCAGCAAUAUUCCCUUGGAUGCGGAUACCCACAACUACCAGAUUGUCCGGCAUGGGCAAAAAUUACUGCUCAUCACCUCCACCACCCCGCAGUGGAAGAAGAACAGGGUCACCGUGCACGAAUAUGAACCCAGUGACGACCGCUGGGUUAACAUAGGUACUAUGCUGGGACUUUUGCAGUAUGACUCGGGCUUCAUCUGCCUUUCUGCCCGGGUCUACCCUUCCUGCCUUGAGCCUGGACAGAGUUUCAUCACGGAGGAAGAUGAUGUUCGGAGUGAAUCCAGCGCCGACUGGGACUUAGAAGGACUCAGUGAACUGGACUCGGAGUCAGGAAGUUCCAGUUCCUUCUCAGAAGAUGAAGUCUGGGUACAAGUGGCACCCAGAGGGAAUGCAUUUAUGCAGCAGGGUUCAUUUUAAAGAUGUUGAUUGGGAAGAAUAGUUUAUUGGUAUGGAAUGUAUUUUAGUAGUUCACCCACCCACCCACCCACCAUUUUUCCCUCUACCAUCCAAUUACAAAACAAGUUGAAACAGCUGAUUUGGUUUAGUAGGGGACAGUGUUUGGAAAUAUUAAUGUAUUGUAUUAUUACAAGAUUUAAGCAUAAAUAUUUUAAAAACAUUACAGAUCAAAGAAAUGCAACCUAUUUACUAAUUUACUGUGCUAAAGAAAGAAGUCCAGGGUUUACCUUUAAUUGUAAAAUGCUAUGCAAAAUAAGCUAGAUGGUAAGGUAACAAGGCUCUCUGUUUUCUCAGUAUUUAAUCAUCCGCUGUGCUAACGGAUUGAUUUGAUUUUUGUUAGUAUGUUUAUGCUUUGAUAAGCCUGAAGAAUUUAGCUUGCUAUUCAUUUUAAAACUGUGAAUUGCCAUAAGCAUUGUAACAUUUGAAAGACUGGAUUGUGAUUUCAUAUUAGGAACCUGGUGGAAAUAGGAUUGUUGGAAAGAAUGUUUAAAGGUAUACUUUUUCUUUCAGAUAAUGAAAAUAGUGGAUUAUCCAAAGUACCAAUGUGAUUUUUUUCUUAGAUAUUUUAAAGUAAAAUGCAUUAUUUGAAAUCUUAGAUAAAUUCCCAAAAUUUAGGCUACAAAAAGGUGAUUUUAUUUGCCACAAAAUUUAGAAUAGACUUCUUAGUAGCCUAAAGAAAAAAUCAGGACUCCACUAUUUGAAAAGCAAUUUGAGGAUCAGUUGUGAAAUGUGAAAGUUUGUGAAUUUGCCAAUGAUACUUGCCUUCUUUAAAAUGACAUUCCUUUCCAUUAAUGUCUAGAAAUCAUUAAAAACCUUCCUAAACCAAAAAUUAAUUUGCCUUGUAAAACCUUGAUAUUUUGAACUAUAUGCUAUACAUAUAUAUUAUAUAUAUUCAAAUCAUAGCAACAACUUUUUCACAAGACAAUAGUUAGGGUAUUUUGAAUUUUAUUGCAGUGGUCAUUCCUUGAAUUACCAUAAACCUUAUAUACUUCCCUAAGAAACUUUGGAUAUAAAAUUUUGGUGAUGGCUUUAGAAAGCUUUUCAGUGGAAGAUGGAUUGUUACUUUAUGGUUAAUGUCAGAAUAUUGAAUGUGAAAGUGUGUAUAAGCUAAGUAUUUUAUUGAAUUUAGUAGUAAUUGUGACUAUUGACUAUAACAUCAAGUGCCAGCAGAUAUGAACAUUUAAAAAAAAAAAAUGCUGUGUAUAAGGCCUGUUUUCGUGUAGCAUUGAAAAAUACUCUACCAGGUUUGUAAAAACACUAUAAAAGUUCUUGAUUAUCAGCUAUGAGCUAUUUUUCUAUUAAAAGUUGACAAUUUAAGAACACAAA